UUUUAUGCUGAAAUGCUACAUUUACUCGAAUUGUUUUGCGGGAUGCUGAACCUAAAGCGUGACUGUAUUCAUGCUCUGUGCCGGAUAAAGUGAUUAUUUCAGCAGAGUACAGAUUUUCAUGUGAAGAUGUCUUCAUUAGUGGACUAUGAAGAUUCAGAGUCAGAGGAUGAUUCUUUGAAUCAGAGAGUAGAAGGAGCAACAGAUUCUGCUCAAACAGAAGAAAUCCAAGAUGCUAAUAUUGUCAAGGUUAUACCUUACCCUGGAAGAUUUGUGUCUGACCAGACAGUGUGGGAAUAUCAUAAAAAUAUGGCAGAAACAAGCAGGUCUUCACCCCAUCCUCACUCCCAGCCACAGAGCUUUACUAACUCGAAAAGAAGAUGUGGAGGUGCAGCAGAUUUUAGAAAUACUGAAAUUUCUUUGAAUUUGCCUGAUAGUCAGAGGGAGAUGGCAUCCCCGCAGGCUCUUCCAUGCAUGCCACAAAGUUUAGGCAAUGCUGCGAACUCGGCAAAAAGACAGCAAACUGUCCCAUCUGGUGUCAGACCGUAUAUCCCUAAGAGAAAGAGACUUGCCACUUCAGAAGGAGUGGAGCUAAAGCACCCAGCAGAGCAAGUCCUAGGGAAUCAGGCCAGAGAAAGUCAGAUUCUCUCAGAUGUGUCAGCAAGACUGAAGCCAUAUCUUGCUCAAACGCCCAGCACAGCAGGGAUACCCAGGAGGCUUCUGAUGAGCCUGGGAGGCCACGAGGGCCCAGUCAACACAGUGCAGUGGUGUCCUUUGCCCCAUGUCAGCCAUCUGUUGCUGUCUGCCUCCAUAGACAAGACUUUCAAGGUGUGGGAUGCAGCAGAGAGUGGGCGAUGCCUCAGGGUUUACACCUGCCAUUCGGGAGCUGUGCGCGACGCCUGUUGGACCCCCUGCGGGCGACACUUUCUCACCGGCUCAUUUGACAACACGGCUGUGAUCACUGACGUGGAGACGGGGCAGCCGACAGUGAAAGUGGACAACGAGUUUAAGGUGAUGUGUGCGGCCGUGCAUCCCAGCAACCCGGAGGUUUUCCUGUGUGGAGGUUACAGUUCAGCAGUCAAGGCGUGGGACUCUCGCAGCUGCAAGGUGGUGAAAGUUUACAAAGCCGGCAUCCAGCAGACCUUGGACAUACUCUUUCUGAGAGGCAGUGUGACUUUUAUAACAAGCUCUGACUGUGUGAGCAGAGACUCUGCAGACCGCACCCUCAUUGCCUGGGACUAUGAGACCACAGCCAAAGUCUCCAACCAAAUCUACCAUGAGCGUUACACGUGCCCGAGCCUGGCUCUCCACCCGCUGGAGGACUCCUUUGUUGCCCAGACCAAUGGGAACUACAUAGCAGUCUUCUCCUCCCAGCAGCCGUAUAGAAUGAACAAAAGGCGGCGGUUCGAAGGACACAAGGUGGAGGGAUAUGCAAUAAAGUGUGGCUUUUCUCUGGAUGGAACUAUCCUGGCCUCAGGGAGCUCCACUGGCUCCGCUCACUUCUACGACUAUCACACAGCUCACAUGCUGCACACCCUCCGUGCCCAUAGCCAGCCCUGCCUUUGUGUGUCUCAGCAUCCCAUCUUACCUACGACUGUGGCUACUUGUGACUGGGGCGGUGAGAUCAAGGUCUGGCACUGACAACCGACUAUGAACAAAGAGAUUAUAAACUUAAAACGUAGCAGGUUGGCCAUGAGAUGGAAGACUGUAUUAAACAGAAACGUCAUGUGCACAUUUAUCUUCAAGACUAUAGCUUUCAUAAUCUCUUGGCAAAAGAUAAGAAGAACUUGGCAAAAAAUGCUGAAAGUCAGCAAAUCUACUAUCUACUGAUUCCUUUGGAAAACAUUUUUUUACACUGACUAUCUUGCAAAGCUUUCAUAUCAUAAUAAAAAGAAACCUAACUCGA